GUUUUAUGACCAAGGGGCCAGCAACUUUAACCAACAUUCUUAUCUAUCCAUUCUGAAUGUAAUAAUUGCAUCUACCAGCCCCAAACUCCCAGUCCAUCCCCCUCCCACUGCCCACCCUCAGCCCAGCAACCACAAAUCUGUCCUAUGAGUCUGUUUGUGUUUUGUAGAUAGGUUCAUAUGUGCCAUAGUUUAGAUUCCACACAUAAGUGAUAUCAUAUGGUAUUUGUCUUUCUCUUUCUGACUUACUUAGCAUGAUAAUCUCUAAUUGCAUCCAUGUUGUUGCAUAAGGCAUUAUUUUUUAUGGCUGAGUAGUAUUCCAUUGUAUGUAUAGAUGUACUACAUCAUCUUUAUCCAUUCAUCUGUUGAUAGGCAUUUGUUUCUAUGUUUUGGCUGUUGUGAAUAGUGCUGCUGUGAACAUAGGGGUGUAUGUAUCUUUUUUAAUUAUAGUUUUGUCAGGGUAUAUGUUCAGGAGUGGAGUUGCUGGAUCAUAUGGUAAGUCGACUUUUUUUCCGAGGAACCUCCAUACUGUUUUUCAUAGUGCCUGCACCAACUUAUAUUCCCACCAAAAGUGUGGGAGGGUUCCCUUUUCUCCAUACCCUCUCCAGCAUUUGUUAUUUGUAGAUGUUUUAAUGAUGGCGAUUCUGACCAGCACAAGGUGGUAACUUGUCAUGGUUUUGAUUUGCAUUUCUCUAAUAAUUAGUGAUGUUGAGCAUAUUUUUCACGUGCCUAUUGCCAUCUGUAUUUCUUUUCUGGAGAAAUAUCUCUUUACGUCUGCCCAUUUUUCAAUUGGUUGUUUUCUGUUAUCAAGUUGUAGACAUAUAAUUAUUGAUAAUACUUUCAUGAUCUAAGACACGUUUCUUUAGAAACAAACCAGCACUAAAUGUGUGGUUCCUAUAUGUAUCACAUGGUGACUUUAAUCAUAGUGAUGAUAAUUAUUAGCAGCUAUGAAGCACUUAUUUUAGGCAGAGACUCUAAUGCUUUGCACAUAUCAGCUUGCGUAAUCCUCAUAUGACCCAUCCGUUACAGGUGAGGGAAUAGAGGCACAGAGAGGUUCCUUGAACAGUGGCUCGUAAUGAGGGUCACACAGCCAGGAAAUGGCAGAGCCAGGGGUAAGUCUCAGCAGCCUGGUUGCAUUGCCGGGCUUUUGGCCAGCACAUUCGGCUUUCAUUAGGAUGUGAAGAAGACACACGUGCUGACAAAGCAAGAGACUUUAUUGGGAAGGGAUGCCCAGGUGGAGAGCAGGCAGCUAAGGGAACCCAGGAGGACUGCUCUGCCAUGUGGCUCUGUCUCGGGUUUUAUAGUAACUGGGUUAGUUUCUAGGUUGUCUCUGGCCAAUCAUUCCAACUCAGGCUCCUUCCUGGUGGUGCUCACAUCGCUCAGCCAAGAUGGAUUCCAACCAGAAGGAUUCGGGGAGGUUGGUAGGACACGUGGACUGGAGUCUCCUCUCUCCUUUUGACCUUUCUCGAAGUCUUGUGAUUGGUGGCAGCUUGUGAGUUCUGCACUCCUUACCAGGACCUCCUGGUCCUGGUAACUGGUGCAAGUGGUUACUCUGAUGCCUGGCCAGGGUGGGUGGUUCAGUCAGUGGUUCCCCUAACAAUACCAACCCCCAGCCGGUUGGUGACCCCUACCUUCCCUCAUACAAUUUACUGUUUACAUUAACAUAACUAGUAAGUUUUAUUGGCAUGCCUUUAUUAUUCCAAAAGAUUCCUGCCCAAGUAAACGGCUUGAGUUUUAGAGAAACUUCCACAAGCACCCAUCAACUCUCCAUCUCAUUUAAAGAGAGCAUCAACAAUUUCAGCUGUAGUUUCCUCACCUUACAAAAAUCGUUGCUGCUCUCACAAGUCCUGGACUACAGCGUCAGAACCGUCAAGCAAUCCCAUUCCUCUUCUGCAUUGAAAAACCCGCCUUAAAUCGAACUUCCAAUUAUCAGUAAAUUCCAACCUUGUCUUCCGGGCUCUGUGCAUACUGUCAAGGUGCUGAAGCUCUGUGGAGGUGUUCUCCCUUACCGCGUUUUGCCUUCCCAGAACUUGGCCUUUCCCCAGAAGGAAGAGGGAGAAAAAAAAUGACCAAAUUCCAGGAGGCAUUGACCUUCAAGGAUGUGGCUGUGACUUUCACCGAGGAGGAGCUGGGGCUGCUGGACUUGGCCCAGAGGAAGCUGUACCGAGACGUAAUGCUGGAGAACUUCCGGAACCUGCUGUCUGUGGGGCACCAGUCCUCCAAGCCAGACAUGAUAUCCCAGUUGGAGAGAGAGGAGAAGCUCUGGACGACAGAGAUCCAGCCCCAGAGAGGAGGGCGUUCCGGAGGCAGAAAACAUGAGAUGGGAACUGUUCAAGACACAGGAGUGAGGUGCCUUUCACUGGGAGAGCUUUCCUGCUGGCAGAUCAGACACGUUGUGAGCAAAUCAACAAAAAGCCAAAACUCUGUGAUAAAUACUCAAGAGAAGAGUUCCCAGUCCCCCAAACAACAUAAUUCCCCUGCAGGAGUAUCUGCCCAGGCUUCCAUGGAAGGCAGCUGUUUUGUGACUCUUAUAGAAGGUCAUUCUGAUAUUAUUGAAAAUCAAGAAUUUCCAGCUGGGAGAGCUCCCAAUUCCUGGAGUAAACUCUGUCUGAGCGGGACACAGAAUUACCAGAGGGGUUGUCAACUGAUUCCCAUGAAGAACAAGAUCUGUAUGUUUGCUCCAUGUGUUGACUUUUUCGCGUGUAUCUCCCCUCACCACGACGACCACACAGUGCCCCAAAGAGAGAAGGCUCAGGGCACCAGAGAGUGUGGUAAAGACCUCAAGGCAUCACCGCUAGCCCAUCGAAGCAUCCUUGAGGCUGGACCGAAAGCCUACCCGUGUAACGAGGGUGAGAGAGGACUCGGUGACCGCGCCAGCCUGGAGCUUCAUCAGCGGCUACACGUGGGCGGGAAGUCUCCGACCCACAGGACGCCCAAGAAGGACCCGGGUCACGGCUCAGCGUGCCCCACUCCACCGGGCGCCCUCCCGGGGUCGAAGCGCUACUGGUGCCGCGAGUGCGGGAAGGGCUUCAGCCAGAGCUCCAACCUGCAGACCCACCAGCGAGUCCACACCGGGGAGAAGCCCUACUCGUGCCACGAGUGCGGGAAGAGCUUCAACCAGACCUCGCACCUGUACGCCCACCUGCCCAUUCACACCGGGGAGAAGCCCUACCGCUGCGAGAGCUGCGGCAAGGGCUUCAGCCGCAGCACCGACCUCAACAUCCACUGCAGGGUCCACACCGGCGAGAAGCCCUACAAGUGCGAGGCGUGCGGCAAGGGCUUCACGCAGAGGUCCCACCUGCAGGCCCACGAGAGGAUCCACACGGGCGAGAAGCCCUACAGGUGCGCGGACUGCGGGAAGCGCUUCAGCUGCAGCUCCAACCUUCACACGCACCAGCGGGUGCACACGGAGGAGAAGCCCUACAAGUGCGAGGAGUGCGGCAAGCGCUUCAGCCUGAGCUUCAACCUGCACAGCCACCGGCGCGUGCACACGGGCGAGAAGCCCUACAAGUGCCAGGAGUGCGGCAAGGGCUUCAGCUCCGCCUCCAGCUUCCAGAGCCACCAGCGCGUGCACACGGGCGAGAAGCCCUUCCGCUGCGGCGAGUGCGGGAAGGGCUUCAGCCAGAGCUCCUACUUCCAGGCCCACCAGCGCGUGCACACCGGGGAGAAGCCCUACAAGUGCGAGGUGUGCGGCAAGCGCUUCAACUGGAGCCUGAACCUCCACAACCACCAGCGCGUGCACACGGGCGAGAAGCCCUACAAGUGCGAGGAGUGCGGCAAGGGCUUCAGCCAGGCCUCCAACCUCCAGGCGCACCAGAGCGUCCACACCGGCGAGAAGCCAUUCAAGUGCGCCGCCUGUCAGAAGCGGUUCAGCCAGGCCUCGCACCUGCAGGCGCAUCAGAGAGUCCACACCGGGGAGAAACCCUUCAAGUGCGGUACCUGCGGCAAGGCCUUCAGCCAGAGGUCGAACCUGCAAGUCCACCAGAUCAUCCACACGGGCGAGAAGCCCUUCAAGUGCGAGGAGUGCGGGAAGGAGUUCAGCUGGAGCGCGGGGCUCAGCGCCCACCAGCGGGUGCACACGGGAGAGAAACCGUACACGUGCCAGCAGUGUGGGAAGGGCUUCAGCCAGGCCUCGCACUUCCACACGCACCAGAGGGUCCACACGGGGGAGAGGCCCUACAUAUGUGACGUAUGUUGUAAGGGCUUCAGCCAGAGGUCGCAUCUUGUCUACCACCAGAGGGUCCACGCUGGAGGGAAUCUAUAGGGGUGGGGGGUGUGGAACUGGCCUCAGCGAGAACUCACCUCUUCACCUCUGUUGGAAAAGUCCUGUCCUGGGGAUCGUGGGAGGUUCCUGUGGGCCUUGGAAGCUCUGGGGCAUCUUCCUGGGAAAGAAGUUGUAGAAAAGGCAAUGUUUGCAAGUUUCAGCUGGGAGGUGACCUCAUUGUAGAGAAUGUAUUCUAUAAAUAUGGUCAGUGAUUACUCCAGAGCCCUGAAUACCCUCUAAAGAUGUGACAGGAGAAGAACCAUUGCUCUUUUCCCAGGAGAGAAGGCUUAUACAUGAAGGUUAUGGGCAGGGCUUGAACUAACAAAAGUAUAGUGCAGACAGUCAUUGUCAGCUGAAGGUGCCCUCCACACAGAGCGGAGUGGUGACUGUUGGUCACCACUGUGUCUCUGCCGUGUAGAACUGUGUUUGGCUUCUAAUAGGUCCCCGGCGAUUACUGAACCAAGUAGAGAAAAACCCUCUAAUUAGGACGAAUAUUUGAAAAUUUUGGUCCAAAAUAAUUCCCUCCCCUAUAUUUGUAACAACAUACUCAAGAGGAAUCCUGCAAGUCGCCUUAAUCAGAUUGAUUUCAGGAAACAUUCAUUGACACACAGAAUCACGUUAAUACUGCCACCCACAACAGUACCGAUUUGGACGAGGCUUGUGAAUGGCCACCAGCCUCUGUCCAGCUUCAGUCGUAUGUAUAGAAUUACCCAUUGUGUGCAGUGUAAUAUUUAGUAUCAUUAGCUUGUAUUUUAUACACCAAAAGAGACUUUUUACUAGUCUAAUAACAUAUUACAAUUUAUAUGAUUGGAAAUUUUGUACCCUAACUUGUUACGGUAGGGUUUUACUGUAACUGAAAGUGUUAAAAGCAGUUACUAGUGACAAAAAGUUUCUUAGUAAACUUGAAUUGUUAAUAA